UCACCCAGCUCAUCCAGAGCUUCCUUCAGCGUUAGCAGCAGCAGCAGCAGCACCAGCAGCCCACCCCCUCCCGCCCUCUCCUCCCUGCCAUCAGCGGCCCGGUGUCGCCGGCAUACACGGCUGGAGCUGAUAUGCGUGUGUCGUCUGUCUCCGUCCCUGCGCCCGUGCCCAGCUGCGACGGUCGAGGACCUCUGCCAAUCGUGGCCAACGGAAGCCAAGGAGGCCAGGUCGACGUCAAUGAGGACCGUGUGGUGACCGUGAUAGUGCCCCAGCCCCUCCUGCCGUCCCCCGUUGCUGCGCCUGCAUCCGUCGGUGUGCCGGCUGCGGCGAUCGGUGUGCCACAGCCACAGCAGCACCAGGGGCCAUCACAGCGGCAGCAUGAGGGCGUACUGCCCACACCGCCGGCCUCAUCCCGAAUCCGAUCACUCCCCCCGUCGCCACCACAGGGCGUUUUUGGGGGUCCUGUUGUGUCGAACGGGGCUGGCGCUGCUGGUAUGGGGAUACCCGAGCGUUCCCCUGUCUCCCCGUCCCCGCCCCCGCGUGAGCCUCCAGCGUACGUCAGUCAGCCACGCGAUGACGACCAUCCCCACAUUCGCCCACGUCUGCCGAUGACAUCUGUCGGUGCGCCUCCCCCACUGUUCGCCCACCGCCCUGCCAUCCCCCCCGCCGGCAGGCCGUCCAUUCCCCCACCACCCAGCAACUGCGGCCUGGGCGUGCCUCACCCUUCCCCACUCCUACCCCAGCCCCCAUCACCACCACUCUCUCCUUCGAUGGUGGACAAGGACAACGCCUGGAGCCCAACCGCAAGAGGUGGGGGGAUGCCCCGCUUCGGGCCUGACAGCAGGGACAUGUCGGUGCCACAGCCACAGCAGCACCAGCAGCCAUCACAGCGGCAGCAUGAGGGCAUACUGCCCACACCGCCGACCUCUAUCCAGAUUUUGCCGCCCCCACAAGCCCGACCACUCCCUCCGCCCCCGCCACAGCCACAGCCCACGCCCAAAAAGAUCAUGCCCCGAUCACCACCCGCCCCAUCACCCGGUGCCCACCAGCCCCCUCACCACCACCAGCACCACCACCGAGGACCCCCACCCCCACGACGAGGCCGAGGGGGCCGCCCACCGCCCGGCUCGUACUGGCGGCCUGUGCGCGUACAUUGGGGGAUUUCAUGAGGGCGGUGAGGCGAGGCGGUAAUCAGCACAGAAGGGAGAUGAGGCUGAAGCGCCGGGAGGAGGAGCAGGAGAGGAGGGCGGGAGGCGAGGG